GACUUGAAAAGUGGGGCGGGAGCAAUAAUCAAAAUCGCGCCCUUCUCCUCCUCCUCGUAUUCUUCUUCUUGUUCUUCGCUUCCACAGACAGAAGAACAGAAGGACGAAGCUCCAGCCGUGCAGAAGAGAGAGAGAACUGUAGAAAGAGAGAGAGAGGGGGGGGAGAGAGAAUGGGGAAUCAGAAGCUGAAAUGGACGGCGGAGGAAGAGGAAGCGCUGCUCGCCGGAAUCGCUAAGUACGGCCCCGGCAAGUGGAAGAACAUCCUCCGGGACCCCGAGUUCGCCCCCUCCCUCGUCAACCGCUCCAACAUCGACUUGAAGGAUAAAUGGAGGAACUUGAGUGUUUCAGGGCCAGGCUCAAAAGAAAAACUUCGGUUGCCUAAAGGAAAAGCGUUACCAGCUCUGCAAAAUUCAGUUGCACCGGCUUCUGCUGCUCCUGCAGUUCUUGCCGACAACACAACCACUGAUGCCGUCAUUGAUGACCCUUCGAAUAGCUUGCAUGAUAGCAAGAAUGCUUGCCGGUACAAUGAAUUGAUAAUUGAAACCCUUUCAACCAUAACAGAUUCAAAUGGUGCUGAUAUUGGUACAAUUCUCAGCUACAUUGAGGAAAGGCUUGAGGUCCCGCCGAAUUUCCGUAGGCUCCUGGGAUCAAGAUUGAGAAGGCUUGUUUUACAAGGGAAGCUUGAAAAGGUUCAGAAUAACUACAGGGUGAAUAGAGAUGUCACAGUGGGAACAAAUCCACCCACCCCUAAGCAAAAGGAUGUUAAACCGAGGCCAAUUCAAGCGCCAUCAGUACUACCUUCCCAUGAAACGAUGCAAGAGGCUGCCAUGGCUGCAGCAUACAAAGUCGCCGAAGCAGAGAACAAAGCCUUUCUUGCCUCUGAAGCUGUGAAGGAGGCUGAGAGGGUGUCAAAGAUGGCUGAUGAUACCGAUGCAAUGCUGCAGCUGGUGAAGGAGAUAUGCGAACAGUGUAAGGUCCUACCUCUAAGCCCCGUCGAGCAGCCUGAUACUUCGUGGUCAUGUUAAGUAAUACCUUUUUUUUCCCUGUACUCGUGCAGGCUCACGGGGCGAGUUUAUUCUCCUGGCGUAGUAUGUCUAUUGUAGCAAAAAAUGCGUUUUGUAAUUCUUCUCGCCCCCUCUAGUAUCGACAUGUAAAUUCCUUGCUCCUCGAAGAUCAAUCUUCGGUUUUUUCCCUCCUUUUGUCCCUUAUUAUUUGGAUCGGGCAUCGGCCACUUUGAUCAAACCGAAUGAACACAGAUUCCGACUGGGUUGAGAUUCUGCUAUCGCAUUCUUUUAAUGAAUGCCCCCAUUUCCUCA